AAGUUAGUUUUGAGUUUUUCUUUCUCUCUCUCUUCCUCUUUCUCCUCUUAAAGAAAACUAAAACUACUUAAGCUAAAGAAUCUAACACUUCUCAAAGUUUCUCCAAAGCCCUUGAUUAGCAAACACAUAAAGAGAUCAAGAGAGAGAGAGAGAGAAAGUGUGUGUGUGUGUAGAGAGAAGGUGAUGAAUAGAGGUGUGCUGGAGAGUUCGCCGGUUCAACAGCUGAUGACGGCCGGAAACCCUAAUUGGUGGAACGUAAGCGGCGGCAUGAGGCCUCCACCACCGUUAAUAGGUCAUCAGCAGGGGCCGUUGCCGCCACAAAUGACUCCUAACAACAAUUAUCUCCGACCACGAAUGAUGCCGACUCUCUUGCCACACUUCUUGCCAUCUCCGGCAACUUCUUCUUCGUCUUCUUCUUCACCGUCUGUGCCUAAUAACCCUAAUCUCUCUUCUUGGCUUGAAAGCAAUGAUCUCCCUCCUGAGUCGUGGAGCCUUAGCCAACUUCUUUUGGGUGGAUUGAUGAUGGGCGAGGAAGAGAGAUUGGAGAUGAUGAAUCAUCAUAAUCAUCAUGAUGAACAACACCACCACCAUAGUUUCCAAGGGAAAAUGAGGUUGGAGAAUUGGGAAGAACAAGUGCUAAGUCCCCAACAAAUUUCCAUGGGGGUUGUUGAGAUCAAACAAGAGAAUAACGUUAACAACAACAAUGGCUAUCUAAUAUCUUCUCCAAACUCACCUCCUAAUAAAUCUUGUGUCACAACUACAACAACAACAAGCCUUAAUAGCAACGACGAGAAUAACAACAAUAUGCUGGACUUCUCGAGCAAUCACAAUGGUCUUAAUUUGUCUGAGGGUAGACACACUCCUCCGGAUCGAACCUCUGAGUGUAACAGCUUAGAGAUUGGUGGGUCUACUAAUAAGAAGCCAAGGCUUCAACCUUCUCCUUCGUCACAAUCAACCCUCAAGGUGAGAAAGGAGAAACUAGGAGGCCGGAUCGCAGCACUUCAUCAGCUAGUCUCUCCAUUUGGCAAGACUGACACAGCCUCUGUCCUGUCGGAAGCUAUUGGAUACAUUAGAUUCCUUCAGAGUCAAAUUGAGGCCCUGAGUCAUCCAUACUUCGGUACGAAUGCUUCCGGGAAUAUGAGACACCAACAACAUUUUCAAGGAGACGGGAGUUGCAUAUUUCCUGAGGACCCUGGUCAACUCGUAAAUGAUCAGUGCAUGAAGAGAAGAGGAGCCUCGUCUUCGUCUACGGACAAUCAAAAUGCAAAUGAAGAACCUAAGAAAGAUCUGAGAAGUCGAGGUUUAUGUCUUGUUCCAGUUUCCUGCACACUCCAAGUCGGCAGCGACAACGGCGCCGACUAUUGGGCUCCGGCACUCGGCUCCGCCGGUUUUCAUUGAGCCAAUGAAAUUACGCCAUGUGUUAUUCCAACAUUAGGGAGAAUGAUAUAACAUCACGAGCAGUCAGUCUACUGAGAAAACAGCAAAUUGAGUUUCCAAGGCUGAUUGCUCAUGAUGCUAUACAAAGUACUCAAUUAAAAACUUUGCUAGAGAAAUUACGUAUGGCGUUUGAUGAAUAUGCGUUUAGCCUUUCAUCAUUUGAUGUAUUAUCAGAUGAUAUGACCAAGUGAUCAAACACUAUGUCCUUGCUUUAGGAAACUGUUUGUUAUUUUUUGUUUUUACCAGUUAAUUGUAAUUUGUGGUUAAGUACUUAUUUUAAUUACUUCCA